AUGCCCUCAACCACCAGCCUCAUCCACGUCACCCUAAGCCCUCAACCACCGGCCUCAUCCACGUCACCCUACGCCCCCAACCACCAGCCUCAUCCACGUCACCCUACGCCCUCAACCACCGGCCUCAUCCACGUCACCCUACGCCCCCAACCACCGGCCUCAUCCACGUCACCCUACGCCCUCAACUACCGGCCUCAUCCACGUCACCCUACGCCCUCAACCACCAGCCUCAUCCACGUCACCCUACGCCCCCAACCACCAGCCUCAUCCACGUCACCCUACGCCCCCAACCACCGGCCUCAUCCACGUCACCCUACGCCCCCAAACACCAGCCUCAUCCACGUCCCCAACCACGUGUGA